AUGACCAGUACUUCCAGCGGAAAACGCGUUGUUAUGAUCGACAACUAUGACUCUUUCACCUGGAAUUUGUAUCAGUUUUUGUGUCAAUCGAAGUACAGUGCUGUGGUGGAGGUGUACCGGAACGAUGAGAUCGAUAUUGAGACCAUUGAAAAUGUUGUGAAGCCCGACAUUCUAUUCAUUUCCCCGGGCCCCGGUCAUCCUUCAACCGAUGCCGGAAUAUCAAAAUCGGUAAUUGAUCACUUCAAGGGUAAGAUCCCAAUUUUCGGUGUCUGCAUGGGUCAACAGUGCAUGGUCGAGGUAUUUGGUGGUACUGUUUCCUUUGCAGGAGAGAUUGUGCACGGCAAAACUUCUACCAUAAGACACGACGGAAAGGGUGUUUUUGCAGGAGUUCCACAAGGUGCGGCCGUGACCAGAUACCACUCUUUGGCCGGCUUAAAGGCCAAUCUUCCGGAGUGCUUGGAGGUCACAGCUACCACUGAAACUGACCCUGAGGUCAUCAUGGGUAUUCGCCACAAGGAAUACACCAUUGAAGGUGUGCAGUUUCAUCCCGAGUCUAUUUUGACAGAGGCAGGCCAGAUUCUUAUAGACAAUGUCUUAAAGUUAGAGGGAGGCUACUGGGCUGAUAACAAAGUAUCUGAGCCAGUCAAGGAAAACAUAUUGACAAAGAUUUACAAAGCUAGAGUGGCGGACUAUGAGAAAAUCGAGCAAGUCCCUGGACAAAAGUUUUCUGAUUUGGAAACGAGCCUUGCUCUUGGCGUCGCACCUCCUGUGAUUAACUUUUACGAGCGUCUCAUACACACGAGAAACAAAGGCCAGAAUGUCAUUUUGUCUGAGUUCAAGCGCGCCUCUCCAUCCAAGGGAGAUAUCAACAUCAAUGCUCAUCCUGCCGUACAGGCGCUCACGUAUGCGCAAAACGGGUGCUCUGCAAUCUCUGUUUUGACUGAGCCAACUUGGUUCAAAGGCUCUUUGGGUGACAUGUCUGUUAUCCGAAAAGUUAUUGAUCAAUCUCCUGAACUGAAAGACUACACGAGACCUGCUGUUUUGCGCAAGGAGUUUAUUUUCAACGAGUAUCAGAUCUUGGAGGCCCGCUUGGCUGGCGCCGACACUGUUUUGUUGAUCGUCAAGAUGUUGCAAGAUGCUGCAUUGCUCCAACGGUUGUAUGAGUACUCUUUAUCGUUGGGAAUGGUUCCAUUAGUGGAAGUGAACGAUGGCCCGGAGUUAAAAACAGCUCUUGCAUUGACAGUAGGGGGUACCACGGAAGAGUCUCUUGUGAUUGGUGUCAACAACAGGAACUUGACUACCUUUGAUGUCGAUCUUGGUACCACCAGCUCCUUGGUACUGGCUGCAAAAAACAGUGGAAGGAAGGGCGAUGUUUUGGUAUUGGCAUUAUCUGGAAUCAGCUUGGUCGAGGAUGUCAGUAACUACAAAAAAGACAAUGUUGACGGAUUUUUGAUUGGUGAAAGUUUGAUGAGAGCACAGGAAAGGGGUGAGGCUGGUAAGUUCUUGAACGAGCUCAUCAAUGUUUAA